AUGCCCUUCGACUUCAAAAAGUACGACCAGAAAUGUGCUGCACUCACCGCAGAAGAGCUCCAACGUGAGUGGCAGCACUACACCCGACUCAUCACCGGCGCUGCCACAUCUACCACUGUCUCCGGCCUCGCAAUCCCGCUCACAGCAGGUGUCUCGACAAUCGGCGUUGCCCUCGCCGCCCCUGCGAUCCAUAACGCUCGGAAGAAGCGAGACAUUAUCGAGAGACACCUCAACAGGCUCGACACAACACAUCAGACCAGGAAACGAGACGUGCUGGGUGGUGUGGCUGUCAGUGGAACGAUCGGUGUUGUCACUCUGGGCGUGGGCACAUUGGGCGCUGAUGCCAUCGCCGCUCACGGUGCAGAGCAUGGCAUCUCUGCCAUCGUCGAAAACGAAACAGCCAUCAAGGUUGUUUCCCAUGUCGCCUUGGACGGCGUGGGCCUGGGUAUCGAGCAUGCACACACCAAUCAUCUAAGGAAGCGAGAUGCAAGGAAGGCCUUCGAGAAAGCUGGGGUAUUCCAAGCCGUCAAUGAGGCAAAGGCCGCUGAAGCUGGAUAUUCCAUCCAGCCUUACAACCCUCAAGGUGCCGCGGCGGAGAGCAGCGCCAGCCUCCCCUACUACGCUCCACCUCCUCCCUAUUCGUAUGACUCUGGCCCAUCUCAAGUUGGAAUUCCAGAGAACUAUGCAGUCUCUACCAUGAACCCCGAUCCCUACUACGGGCUAGAUUCCAAGGCACCCAUGCCGCCGUACUACCAAUCAGAACCGAGCCAAGAGUUGUAUGCUGGAACUCAAACAGCAGAAGAUUUCGCGCCACCAAGCAUGCCUCCACCGACCGUUUCUAGUACAUAUGAUCUGAACGCCAUGGGGGCAGCUCUCCCAACCGUGGGAGCAGCUGUGCCCGUUUCCUACGCCUUGGGCUAUCAAUCUAACCAGGGGUAUGAUGCAUCGCGUUCCGCCUCAUUUGGAGUCCCAGGAGCCUAUGUACAAGCACCUUUACAGCCUUCGGAUUUCUCAGAGCUGGCUGUUGGGGCUCCGACACAUCCACCAGUUUCGGCAACUCCAGCUGUCGUCAUUGCAAGUUCUGCUAGUUCCAGCAUCAUCACUUCACCACCGGUAUUAGUCGGUACCUCUGUCAUCUCCUCACUGCCUCCUAUUGUAAAAUCAGCGGACGGUAAUGAUUCUCAAACACAACAGCCACCUGAUGAAUUCAUGUAUCCCCCACCAGCAGCACCGCCGCCAGGACAUGCAAACCCAGCACAGCCAUCAUCUACAUCCCUACCUAUCACGACACCUGGCUUCGGCCAAGUCUUGGCCAGCACCCAGACGGAACCACAAACUCCGUAUCAGGCUGCUCGAGGAACCUUGAUAGGCUACUCGUUACAUACUGUCGAGCAGCCCUCACUCCCACCUCUGAGUGCUCAGGGAACCAAUGCAGCGAGUUUAGCAGACCACCACACAGGAUAUUCUGUUCAACCAAAUCAUGCCCUGACUGCCAGGCAAUCCGUUCUCACCUGGCACUCGGAUCAGUCCAAUCCGCUCCAAAAGAAGUACAGGGACUGUCAGGCUUUCAUCGCCCUACGCCGGCUCAACCUGGCUCGUUGCAACGUCAUCUCACUACUCCGGUUGCCCCUAAACCUCUGA